AUGUCGGCUCCGGAAUCCCUGCCAGAUCGCAUGACUUUCCCCGUACACGAGCUACCUACAGCAGCAACAGCUUCUCUGGAAGCACAAAGAUGUAAAAGCAACCAACCCGCGGAAAUGCCACCGAAAUUCAAUGUCAAUUCGAGGACAAUUGUUGCCCCUCUGGCGGCAUUCACCAUGGCCGGUCUCUUGUUCGUCUAUACCAGAACCAGCAUCCAAGCCGCGAAACGCAAUGCGCAGAAGCAUAGGGAGGCCGAUGGUGGACAGAUCAAUUGGAACAAUGAGAAUCUGAGACGCCAUGGCAAAUUGGAGCCGCCGGUUGAGCAAGGGCCCAUCAAGCAGCUGGUGGGACUUGCGAAGGAGAAAGUUGGCGGCGAGGGGCACACCGAGACGGAGCAGGAGAGGGCAAUAAAGGAGCGAGUUGGGAAGGGAAAGAGUUCUUAA